AUGGUACCCAAUAAGUUAGAAAAUGCAACACCGACAAUCUAUGUUACGAAAUCUCGUAGUAAAAAGGUGUCUGAUUCAGACUUAAAUCCAAACAUUAUUGAUCCAAUCGAUACUCAGGAAAUUUUCGAUUAUAUAAGGGAUAUCAAUGAUCCAGAACAUCCUCUUACGCUUGAGCAAUUGAAUGUUGUCCAGGAAGAACUCAUUAUGGUUGAAAAAAAUGAUGACGAAACGAUUGUUGAUGUCGGAUUCGUUCCUACAAUACCACACUGUUCAAUGGCAACAUUGAUUGGUCUAACAUUGCGUACAAAAUUGCAACGAUCCGUGCAUCCUAGCGUAAAGAUAAUAGUGAGGAUAACGCCCGAUACUCAUGUAUCCGCAGAUGCAAUAAAUAAGCAGUUAGCGGACAAGGAACGAGUGGCAGCUGCACUUGAAAACCCAGAUCUGCUGAGGGCUGUCAAUCAGUGCUUAACACCGAAAUAUUUCUAG